AUGCACUCGGUAAGUUAUGCUAUGUCAGCGAUCUUGGCUGUUGGAGGCUUGGUUGGAUUCCAACGUAAAAAAUCAGUGCCCUCUUUACUUUCUGGAAUUGUUAUGGGUGCACUUUAUGGAGUAUCAGGUUAUUUGAUUUCAAAUCAUGUAGACGGGGGUCUGUAUUUGGCAUUAGGUACAUCUACUGUUCUUUUUAUCACUGGGGUUGCUAGAAGUGUACCAUCUGGUUUCAAGAAACCUAUACCACUGAUUUUGACUUUGCUUGGUACCACCGCUGGAUUCUAUUACGGAGCAAAGAUUAAUGAAGUACUUGACUGA